AUGAAAUAUGAAGAGAUGGAAGCAGAAGACAACGUUUCCACAGUGAUGCAAUUUGUACCCCUGGGAUUUUCUGACCUUCCAAACCACCAGGGGUUACUAUUUGUAGUGUUCUGCCGCAUUUACAUCAUCAUCUUAACUGGAAAUAGCCUCAUAAUAGUAAUAACUAGGUUUGACCCUGCACUACAGAAACUCAUGUAUUUUUUCCUGGCAAAUUUUUCCUCACUGGAAAUCUGUUAUGUGUCUGUCACUCUCCCUAGGAUUCUGGUGAACCUUUGGACUCAGGACAGAAGCAUUUCUGUGCUGAACUGUGCUGCCCAAAUGUGCUUCUUCCUUAUACUGGGAGCCACUGAAUGUUUCCUCCUGGCUGUGAUGGCCUAUGACCGCUAUGUGGACAUUUGUAACCCUCUUCACUAUCCCCUAGUCAUGAACCAAAAGACCUGUAUCCAGCUGGCUGUUGGGUCCUGGAUCAGUGGAAUCCCAGUGCAGAUAGGGCAAACAUGUCAGAUUUUCUCUCUGCAUUUCUGUAACUCUAACCAAAUUAACCACUUCUUCUGUGACAUACCCCCCAUCCAGAAGCUGGCCUGUGGGGACACUUCUGUGCAUAAGCUGUCAUUCUAUGGAGUAGCUUUGUUGUUCAUUGCCAGACCUUUUAUGUUGAUACUUACCUCUUACAACAAGAUCAUUUGCAGUAUCCUGAGGUUGCCAACAGCCAGAGGAAGAACCAAAGCCUUCUCCACAUAUUCCUCUCACCUGCUGGUUGUUAUUUUAUUCUUUGGAUCUGUUACCAUUACCUACUUAAGGCCCAAAUCCAGUCAUUCUGCAGGAACUGACAAACUGCUCUCUCUGUUCUACACCAUAGUGACUCCGAUGUUUAAUCCCAUGAUAUACAGGCUUCGGAACAAGGAUGUGAUUGCAGCACUGAGAAAAGUAUUACUUAAAAAUAGUACGAUGCAUUUAUUUAUAAGUAUUUUCACUGGUUGCCACCGGGUUAUCAGAGAAACUUUUUAA